AAUCAAAACAAAACCCUAAAAAUUCCAAACAACUUCCAUCUAGUUGCAAAGCCACCCAAAAUUUAAAAUUUAUAAUUUUUAGCAAAAAAAAAAAAAAAAUCCAAGCCUUCUCUUUCAUCCACAAGGGCACCCUAUUUCUUCAACCUCCACCCUUAAUCAGUGCUUCUUUCUAACUAACAACCAGUCUCCUCCUCUCUAAUUUAUUUCUUUCCUUCUCUCUCUAUCCAUCUACAUCCCCUUUUCAUUUCCAGCUCUUCAUUGCCUCCCUUUUUCUCUCAUCUCCCUCUUUCUAGGGUUUUGGUUCUUCUAUUCAGGCAUAUCCAUCUCGCUUUCUCUCUGCUUUUAUUGAAAAUUUCCUACUUUUUAGAAUGACUUCUGUGAAGAACAACUUCCUGCCUCCUGGGUUGGUUUCCAAUCUUCAGGAAGUCUUGUUAAGCAGGAAGGGUGAAGAAGGGGACCGAUCAAAUGAUGCUAAUGAUAAAUCAACUGAGCCUUCUACUUCUUCUUCUGUUGAAAAUACUUCCGUAAACGAGGAUAAUUCCAAGCCUAUUGUUUUGGUUACCAAUGGAGAUGGGAUUGAGUCUCCUGGUCUUGCUUAUCUAGUUCAAGCUCUCGUUCGUGAAGGCUUGUACAAUGUCCAUGUCUGUGCGCCGCAAUCGGACAAGUCAGUAUCUGGUCAUUCUGUUACUCUACAACAAACAAUUUCUGUGACUUCUGCUGAUAUUAAUGGUGCCACAGCUUAUGAAGUUUCAGGGACUCCAGUGGAUUGUGUCUCACUAGCACUGUCUGGAGCACUGUUUUCUUGGUCCAAGCCUUUGCUGGUGAUCAGCGGAAUUAACCGAGGAUCAAGCUGUGGCAAUCACAUGUUUUACUCAGGUGUUGUUGCUGGAGCUAGAGAGGCAUUAAUUUCUGGUGUUCCAUCUCUAUCAAUAUCACUAAACUGGAAGAAGAAUGAAAGCCAGGAAAGUGAUUUUAAGGAUGCAGUUGCUGUAUGUCUGCCAUUGAUCAAUGCUGCUAUCAGAGACAUUGAGAAGGGGAGUUUCCCAAAAAGGUGCUCUCUGCAUAUAGAAAUCCCCACACCUCCAUCUACAAAUAAGGGCUUCAAACUGACUAAACAAAGUAUGUGGAGAUCCUCGCCUUGCUGGCUAGCUGUUUCAGCCAACCGGCAUCCUUCUACUGGACAUUUUAUGUCUAACCAACAAAGUCUUGGCAUUCAGCUUGCACAACUUAGUCGAGACGCUUCUGCUGCUGGUGCAGCUCGCCGUUUGACCACACAAAGGAAGAAUGUGGAAAUCGUAUCAGUUGGGGUUGCAGGAAAAUCUGAUACUGGUCGGGUGAAAAAGUAUUUUCGUCUAGAGUUUCUGGACAAGGAGCAGGAAGAUUCUGAUGAGGAUCUGGAUUUCAGAGCACUUGAAAAUGGAUUUGUUGCCAUAAUUCCCCUAUCGCUUUCUCCAUGUAUUGAGCCAGACAUUCAUGUAACAGCUUCAGAUUGGAUUUCUUCUGCAAUUCAUGAGGAUCAACAGAAGUCUACUUAGAGAGAUAACCAGCGAUUUUGUAUACAUUUCCAGUAAAUUUUUCCAAAUAUUUGGUGGAGUUGGGUGGUUUGCGUGUAGUAGUUGCCUUCCCUACGCAAAUGUAAUUACAAAUGGCCAGGUCCAAAUUGAGUGACCUUGCCUUUUCCCCUAAUUUAUUUUUCCAUCCCUUCCCCUGAGGAUUUGUAUUUUCUAUUUAUUUUUUAACACGUGUUUGUUGAUUACAUAUUAAUAGCGGUACUAAUUGAGGGAAUGCUCCAAAUGACUGGCAGCAUUUAUUACUUUUCAAUUAAGGCAUCGGAAGAACUGAGGUAAUAAAGCAAGAGUCUCUGAAAUCUUUCUUAAAA